UUUCACCCCAUGCUCCAGCCCAAGAGCAGAAGUUCCCUUGGUUGUGGUUUUCUCCCUCCCUUCUUCUCACCCCUCCCAAUCCUCACCCUUCUCUUCUUCAUCGCUCCCCCCCACCAACCCCCAGCUUCCAGUUUUAAAGAAAAACAGUCUCAGACUUUUUCAGUUAACAGCUAUUGUUUCCCCUAAAAUAAGGCAAUUCAACUCUCUAUCUCUUCCAAGAAAGCCUCAACUUCAAUAAAAGUAUAGCUCUGGGAAAAAUAAUCAGAAGAAAGUGGCCAGAAAUGGUUCAGACCUUUAUUUUUGCCAUUUGACCUUCAUAAAUUUGAAUUUACAACUUCACAUGCUAAGAACUCACCACAAACUCCCUAUUAGAACUCCAAGGAUCAGCUCCCUCCGCUGGCUUCACCUCCAGAUGUCUCUAGGCCUUUUGGAUACCAUAGGCCCUGCGGCACUAUUGAGACUCCUGAGCAGGGUCCAACCUUCAGGGCAGAAACAGCUCUACUAGCAGAGAAAGUAAGCUUUCAAUAUUGUGCAAUACAAAAACGAGAGCAGGGCAGCCUUGGGUUUGAAGAUCUGCAUCGUGGAAUUAUGAUCUUGAGAUGACAGCACAGCGGGGAUUGGCUGAAGCCCUAAGCAACCUCUACUACAGCAGAGAUGAGCUGUGGGCUGGUGCUUCUGUGGUGAGGUGGUGGUGUUUCUGGAGAGCAGAUCAGAGGCAGGGGAAAACCACGCAGAAGCAGGAGCUGAAGACCUCAGACCGGCACCAGGGACAGCUUAAUGAAGACAAACUGAAGGGGAAACUGAGAUCCUUAGAAAACCAGCUGUACACCUGUACCCAGAAAUACUCCCCUUGGGGAAUGAAAAAAGUACUACUGGAGAUGGAAGACCAGAAAAACAGCUAUGAGCAGAAGGCCAAGGAGUCACUGCAGAAAGUGCUGGAGGAGAAAAUGAAUGCAGAGCAGCAACUACAGAGCACACAGCGAUCCCUGGCCCUGGCAGAGCAGAAGUGUGAAGAGUGGAGGAGCCAGUAUGAGGCUCUGAAGGAGGACUGGAGGACCCUUGGGACCCAGCACAGGGAGCUGGAGAGCCAACUCCACGUGCUUCAGUCCAAACUGCAGGGAGCAGAUAGCAGGGACUUACAGAUGAACCAGGCCCUGCGAUUUUUGGAAAAUGAGCACCAGGAACUGCAGGCCAAGAUUGAAUGCCUGCAAGGGGACAGAGACCUGUGCAGCUUGGAUACCCAGGACCUACAAGGUCAACUAAAAAGGUCAGAGGCGGAGAAACUCACCCUGGUGACCAGAGUACAGCAGUUGCAGAGUUUGCUUCAGAAUCAAUCCUUACAGCUUCAAGAACAGGAGAAACUCUUAACAAAGAAAGGUCAGCAAAUUUAUCACCACAAAUUCUAAGAUAUUGCUCUUCCCUUACCUGCCUAGAGGCAGCGGGAUGGACUACAUGACCUCCUGGAGUCUCAGCCAGUUCUGGGAGUCUGUUAAGUCUGGGAUGUGUGGGAGCUUUUUAAGGACUGACCAUUGGCUCUGAGGACACUUCAACUAGUUAGCCUUCUAUCCUGAGGUAUAUAAACUGUGAAAAAGGGUUUCUAUUCUCUUUGAAAGCACAUGUCUGUGUUGAACAUUUCAAUAAAUUUAUUUUGAACUCAGGAUUUCAUGUCAAUUUUUACACACUUGAUUUUCCAAAUCACAUCCAACUCGCCAGCCCCAAACCACAUAGCAUGCCAGAGUCAACUCACUCUUAGCCCUAGAGAGUCUACUGUCCAUGUUUCCUGAGAAUUCACUGUGUAUACAGAGGGGCAAUAGCUCCUCACCUGUCCACUACACACGACCUUUUGUUUUCUCCUCACAAUCAUUGGGCAUAAUAUAAUAGAUAAGGCAGAAAUUUUUAUGCCCACAUAGUAUGGAUAAGAACAUGAAAGCCUAUGGUGACACAAACUAACAACACAGCUACAACAACAAUCCAAAACUUCUGACUCCUAGUCCAUGCUCUUUUCACCAAGACUAAGACUGCAGGGUGGCUAAAAAACCAUCUUUAACCGUAUGAAGAUAAAUUUUAGUAUAUGACUGCCAUCUUCACAACUUUCAAAUGAGGACAUCAGGGAAAAGGGAUUGUAUUAAAGCAUUCACCAAACUUAUUUGACAAACUAGGAAGAAUGUGACAUACAACCAAUGAAAUUCAAUUAAUAAGUAUUCACUAAAACUAUCUAGCACUAGAUAAGACUGGGGAUACAAAGAAAAGAUGCCAAUCUUGCCCUCAAGGAGCUCAGAUUCCAGCUGUCUGUCCAAGCUUAGCAGGGGCCUACUGGAAGUUAACCUUUAUGUCAGAGAAUGCCAUCAGUCUAGCCAAGAGCACGCCCUCCCAAGUUCCCUCCCCUCUCCCCACUCCCAGUGGUCUCACCCUCAGGGCCCUUCCUCAGGUGUGGGCCUCACUGUCACCAAGAAUCUGGC